AUGUUGCGUCUGCCUCGUGUCGUCCGCCAAACUGUUUCCUUACAAAAAUCUCUUCAAUUCUCAAGAUUUUAUGCCAAAGAUGUGAGGUUCGGCGCUGAUGUAAGAGCUCUCAUGCUCCAAGGUGUAGACGUCCUUGCAGAUGCUGUCGCCGUGACAAUGGGCCCAAAAGGUAGGAAUGUUAUUUUAGAACAGUCUUGGGGUUCACCGAAAAUAACCAAAGAUGGUGUAACAGUUGCGAAAGGAGUAGAACUUAAAGACAAAUUCCAGAAUAUCGGUGCUAAACUUGUACAAAAUGUAGCGAAUAACACGAAUGAAGAAGCUGGUGAUGGUACCACAACAGCCACAGUACUCGCCAGAGCCAUCGCCAAAGAAGGUUUUGAAAAAAUUUCAAAGGGUGCAAAUCCAAUUGAAAUCCGUCGUGGAGUGAUGUUGGCUGUAGACGCAGUAAAAGAGAAGUUGAAGAACAUGUCAAAGCCAGUCACAACUCCUGAGGAAAUCGCGCAGGUCGCCACCAUUUCCGCAAACGGAGACACUGCCAUCGGCAAACUCAUCGCUGAUGCUAUGAAGAAAGUAGGACGUGAUGGUGUUAUCACAGUAAAAGAUGGUAAAACCCUUACUGAUGAAUUAGAAGUCAUCGAAGGUAUGAAAUUCGACCGAGGUUAUAUUUCACCAUAUUUCAUUAACUCUUCAAAGGGUGCAAAGGUCGAAUUCCAAGAUGCCCUCGUUUUGUUCUCUGAGAAAAAAAUUAGCAAUGUGCAAACAAUCAUUCCUGCAUUAGAAUUAGCCAACCAACAAAGGAAACCUCUUGUAAUAGUUGCUGAAGAUGUAGAUGGUGAGGCUCUAUCCACAUUGGUAGUAAACAGGCUUAAGAUUGGCUUACAAGUUGCCGCUGUAAAAGCACCAGGUUUUGGUGACAAUAGGAAGUCUACUCUUAGCGAUAUGGCCAUUGCCACUGGUGGUGUAGUAUUUGGAGAUGAUGCUAACCUCAUCAAAAUAGAAGAUGUCCAACUUUCUGAUUUUGGACAAGUUGGUGAAGUAAUUAUUACCAAAGAUGACACUCUUAUCCUUAAAGGAAAAGGCAAGAAGGCUGACAUUGACAGAAGAGCAGACCAGAUUCGUGACCAAAUUCAGGAAACCAACUCUGAAUAUGAAAAGGAAAAAUUACAGGAACGUCUUGCAAGAUUGGCUUCUGGUGUAGCUGUAUUGCACGUUGGUGGUUCCAGUGAAGUUGAAGUCAAUGAAAAGAAGGACCGUGUGAAUGAUGCUUUAAAUGCUACCAGAGCUGCGGUAGAAGAAGGUAUUGUACCCGGAGGUGGCUCUGCUCUCCUCAGGUGUAUCCCAACACUCGAUGAACUUAAGUCAUCUAACAGUGAUCAGGCAACUGGAAUUGAAAUUAUAAAGAAAGCUUUAAGAAUGCCGUGCAUGACAAUUGCACGCAAUGCAGGCAUUGAUGGAUCUGUAGUAGUAGCUAAAGUAGAGGAACUUGGUGCUGAAUUUGGAUAUGAUGCCAUGAACAAUGAAUAUGUUAACAUGAUUGAAAAGGGUAUUAUUGACCCCACGAAAGUUGUAAGAACCGCUUUAACAGAUGCUAGUGGAGUUGCAUCUCUUCUGACUACAGCGGAAGCAGUUAUCUGUGACAUGCCUCAAGAAAAGGAAGCUAACCCAAUGGCUGGUAUGGGUGGCAUGGGCGGCAUGGGUGGUAUGGGAGGUAUGGGAGGAAUGAUG